CCGAAUUGAAUGAAUUGAUGGGCACACUCCAACUGCUGGGCUGGAGAGACUGGACUUGGUCUUGCCAUUUCUGCUUCUUUGAAAAAGGAGACAACUUGGGCUUCCUUUUAAUUUAGUUUUUCUCCUUCUCCCCCCACCCCCCACCUCCCCCCUCCCCUCCCCCACCCCCUCAAUCACCACCCCCCUUUUAAAUAAGAGGGUGAAGGGGAACCAGAGCGCACAAGGCAACUGACCCAGGAGGCAGAGAAGAUGGGCAUCCUCAGCGUAGACUUGCUGAUCACACUGCAGAUUCUGCCAGUUUUUUUCUCCAACUGCCUCUUCCUGGCGCUCUAUGACUCGGUCGUUCUCCUCAAGCACGUGGUGCUGUUGCUGAGCCGCUCCAAGUCCACUCGCGGGGAGUGGAGGCGCAUGCUGACCUCAGAGGGAAUGCGCUGCAUCUGGAAGAGCUUCCUUCUCGAUGCCUACAAACAGGUGAAACUGGGUGAAGAUGCUCCCAACUCCAGUGUGGUGCCUGUCUCCAGCCCUGAAGGAGAUGACAGCGGUGGACAUGGUGCCCAUGAGAAAGCAGUUGAUGGAGCUGAGUGCCACCUUCUUGACUUUGCCAGCCCUGAGCGCCCACUGGUGGUCAACUUCGGCUCAGCCACUUGACCUCCUUUUACUAACCAGCUGCCAGCCUUCAGCAAACUGGUGGAAGAGUUCUCAUCAGUGGCUGACUUCCUGUUGGUCUACAUUGAUGAGGCUCAUCCUUCAGAUGGUUGGGCGGUGCCUGGGGAUUCUUCUUUGUCUUUUGAGGUGAAGAAGCACCGGAACCAGGAAGACCGAUGUGCGGCAGCCCACCAGCUAAUGGAGCGUUUCUCCUUGCCGCCCCAGUGCCAAGUUGUGGCUGACUGCAUGGACAAUAAUGCCAAUGUCGCUUAUGGGGUAGCCUUCGAACGUGUGUGUAUUGUGCAGAGACAGAAAAUUGCUUAUCUGGGAGGAAAGGGCCCCUUCUACUACAACCUUCAAGAAGUCCGGCGUUGGCUGGAGAAGAAUUUCAGCAAGAGAUGA